UAGUUCCAGAAAAGCCAUGAAGUGUCAAAUGUAAUGAAAACAUUUUGCAGAUUUUUUUGUAUUCUGAAUUAAUUUCCCGAGAUUACGAUAAACUUACGGGUUUGAUUGAUUACAUUUAGCCUGUACUAUGUACUUACGACUUCGAAGUAAUUUGUUCUUCGUUAUAUUAUUAACAAUCAGUCUAGCGAAGGUCACGACACAAUUUGAUGUACAAGAGGACCCCGAGCCAGCUCCUCAGGAAGUCGAUAAUGACGAGCCAAAUGUGGAUGAGUCAGAAUCUUUACUUUCUAAUGUAGUUUCUGAUGUUAACAAAACCCUUACCAGUUUAUACAACCAUGUUACCUCAGCCAAUAUUACAGCCGAGAACGCUACACAGGCCGCUAACGAGACUCGGAAACUCGUUAAAUGUAAAGAUAUUGUUUAUGAAGACAUAGAGAUAGAACCUUCAGUGGAAAUCAUCAAUGGAAGUAGGCUAAAUAAGAUGCUACAAAUCAAACCAGACAUUACUAGCCGCGACAUGGAGGCUGAUUGUGUGCUUGUCUUAUUUUAUGCUAGAGCAUGUCCAUUUAGUGCUCAUGCUGCACCACACUUCAAUGCCCUUGCAAGAUCCUAUCCUAAUGUAAAAAUGGUAGCACUAGAUGCUUUAAAAUACCACGGAAUCAAUGCACUAUAUGGUAUAGUUGGUGUGCCAACAUUAAAAAUGUUCCACAAUGGCAGGCCGGUUGGUAAAUUCAACGGAACGGAAUAUAACAUUCAUUCAUUCAGCAAAUUCGUCCAUGCAAUUACUGGACAGAAUCCUCAAGGAUUAUUGGUGACGUCUAAAGACUUCCAAGGACCCGUUUCCAGUGUUGUUGAGAAGGAAACUGACUAUUUCUUAAUCUUGUCGUGGCUUUUCAUUAUUGUAUGUUCAGUGUAUUAUUUUAUGCAGUCUAAAUGGUGGCGGAUGAUCGUGGAAAUGGUACAGAAUAACUGGAGAGAGUCUGAGGCUCAACAUGAACAUAAUGAUUAGGUUUAAGUUUUUUUUAAUUUAUUUUAUAGGUGAGACUGUUAAAUAAAGUAACUUAUAAUUUUAAA